AUGCCUUUCUAUCACCAGCCUGGACCUCAAGCCCAAGAUCGCAGUACGCCGACCUCGGCCAGCUCACAGCACGCCGCAUAUGGCGCGCAAACCCAACUCGAUAGCCCUGCUGACUACCGCCCGCAAAUGGUCCCAUUCAACGGAAGGAACGGUCACAGUCAGCCCAGCAGCCAAGGCCACCACCAGCAGCGAGUCCCUCCACAACAGUGGCGCCAGCAACAGAGCCAGCAUCCGCAAAUACGUGCAAGACCUAUGCACCCAGCUAACGCCAUGGCACCUCACGCACCUGCUAAGCAGCACAAGCCAGCAGGAGGAAGCGCUGUCACAACGCUCCUUCCCUAUUGCACCGCCGAUGUCCCGCUGAACGAGAGCCAAGUCCUCGCGGUCACGGACGUCGCUGGCAGUUUAAAGGAACUGGUUCUGCUGGCGCUGGGCGCAAAGGACGGCGGUGCUGAAUGUGCAAGUAGACUGAGAAGUGCACUAGGCAGCGAGCAGGCCGUGGCUGGCAUUUUGGACUUCUUCUCGGGUGAGUUUGAGUUUGAGUAG